GGAAUAUUACAUCACCAUGGUGAAAUGGGUGAGCAACACCAAGGCUGUGGUGAGAUGGUUAAACAGACCUCAGAACAUCUCCAUCCUGACGGUUUGUGAAACCACAACCGGGGCUUGCAGCAGGAAGUAUGAAAUGCAGUCAGACCUGUGGCUUCCUAAACAGAAUGAAGAACCAGUUUUCUCCAAGGAUGGCAGUAAAUUCUUCAUGACUGUCCCAGUGAAGCAGGGAGGCCGGGGUGAAUUUCACCACAUAGCCAUGUUUAUUGUUCAGGCUAAAAGUGAACAAAUUGGUGUGAGACACCUGACAUCAGGAAACUGGGAGGUUAUAAAAAUCCUGGCAUAUGAUGAAAAUACUCAGAAGAUCUAUUUCUUAAGCACUGAAGAAUCCCCAAGAGGAAGACAGCUACAUAGUGUAUCAACAGUGGGAUCGUUGAAUCGUCAGUGUCUUUCCUGCAACUUCUUGAAAGACCAGUGCACAUACUUCAGUGCAAAGUUUAGCCCCAUGAAUAGGCAUUUUUUACUGCACUGUAAAGGGCCAGGCGUUCCAGUUGUUAGUGUGCACAGCACAAGUAAUGCUGCAAAGUUUUAUAUUUUGGAAGAUAAUGCUGUGUUGAAAGAGGUUGUUUUAAAAAAAAAGAAUUUCAGGACUGAAAUUAAAACGCUUCACAUUGAGGAUUACGAAUUCCCUUUACAGUUGUCACUGCCAAAAGAUUUCACGGAUCGAAACCAGUAUGCCCUUCUAUUAAUAAUUGAUGAAGCUCCAGGCAGCCAGUUGGUUACAGAUAAGUUUCACAUUGACUGGGACUCAGUGCUUGUCAACUCUGAUAAUGUCAUCGUAGCUCGAUUCGAUGGCAGAGGGAGUGGAUUUCAAGGCCUUAAGAUUCUACAGGAGGUCCACCGAUGCUUAGGAUCAGUGGAAGUGAAGGACCAAAUAGCGGCCGUAGAAUCACUAUUGAAACAGCCCUUCGUUGAUCCUAAGAGACUGAGUAUAUUUGGAAAGGGAUACGGUGGCUAUCUUGCAUCAAUGAUCCUGAAAUCCAGUGAACGGCUCUUCAAGUGUGGAGCUGUGGUGGCACCAAUUACAGAUAUGAGAUUGUAUGCAUCAGCAUUUUCAGAAAGAUACCUUGGUAUUCCAUCCAGAGAGGAAAAUACCUAUCAGGCAUCCAGCAUAUUACACAGUCUUAAUGGUUUAAAAGAAGCAAAUUUGCUAAUAGUACAUGGGACAGCUGAUGCUAAAGUCCACUUCCAGCAUUCAGCAGAACUAAUUAAACGUCUAAUAAAAGCUGGAGUUAAUUACACUAUGCAGAUCUACCCGGAUGAAGGUCAUAACAUUGCUUCUGAGAAAAGCAAAUAUCACCUUUACAGCACAAUCCUUGGGUUUUUUAGUGCUUGUUUAAAGGAGGAGACACCAAUUUUACCACAGGAACCUGAAGAGGAUGAAUAAGGAAGCCUAUUUGUGUAGGGGACUGAAGGAGACUUACUUUGAGGCUCAAUAAAACCUUAAAUAAAAGUGACUGUAAGAUUGCAGAUUCUGCAGAAGCUCAAGGGCAGCUAAAGGAUAUCACAGUGGAACAGCACAUUUACAGACAAUGAGCUAAUAAACUGGAAUUCAACUACAAAGUCCAAACAUAUUACCAAGGGACAAAACCUUUACGUUUGUGGAAGGUCAACAGUUGGUUACAGUUUCCUGAAAGAACUUAGUUUUGCAUAAAGUGUAGGGUUAGUGCAUGUUUGUUAUGUUAAGCCUCACUGUUGGUUCUGUAAGUGGUUGCUCGUUUUUUAAUUUAAAUGCACAUCUUUAUUCAUCUUUGCAUAAGGCACAACCUACCAUAAGUAUUAUGGCCACUAAUAUUUUAAAAGGUAAGCUGCAAUCUAACACUUCAAUGUUACAAUAAGUGCAAUUCUUUCGCUCUCUAUUACACAUAAGAAACCACAGAGAUAAUAAAGGGCACGAUAUUUUCUCUAGUUUCUGCUCAAAGGGGAUAUAUUGUCUAGUGCAUCAUAUAACAUUGGUAUUGAAAAAGAUUUUUUUUUUCCCCAAUUUCAGCAUUCACUAUUAUUACUGUAUCCACUAGUAACCAAUAAGGGACUUUUUGGUAGCGUACUCUUGGUCGUUAUGUAUAUACCCAGGACUCCCUAGGCAGAAAAUCUUUCUGAGCUUGAAGUUUUCUUUUCCAGCCGUAAUUAACAGCUGUAUUUAAAACAAUAUCUGCAACUGAAGUCUUUCCCCAGUCCAAAAUGUAUCUAUUGUUUCCUUAAAAUAUGUUUGAGUUGUGUUUUGUUAUUGUUUAUAGUAGUUACUAGUUUGCUGGUUCUACUCUAAUUUUAGAAUAUGCUACUUUGUCACUUGUAAAUUAGAUACAUGAAUAUUAAAUUAUAGUUUCAGAUAAAGAAAAUUUAUUAACAAUG